GUUCGGUCUGCUCCUCGGCCUUGAAAUUUCAUCGGCUUUUGUUCAAUUAUGUACCUGUGAAAAAAAUCCAAAAACCUUCAACCCGAAAAAAAAAGGAACGCUUUCAUCCCAGUCUUGACUGAUCCUGUUGGUUCCUUUACUUUGCUUUGCUGCUUUUAUAUAACGUCGAUCCAUUACCGUCAUAUUUUUUUUCUUCUUUUAUUCUUCUAAUCGGUCGCUCUUCAUCAUUUGCUUGUUACCCGCUUUUCACAUGAUGCAACUAGUUUUCUCUUAGACCUUUUUUGUUGCAGAUCCAUAAUACAACGGUUGUCUCUUUUUCUCUCUUUUCAAUACUCUUCCUCAUAGAAACUCGAUUUUUUUUCUUGAUUUCAAAUCUUCAUCAUCAUUGAGCGGUUUCUAGCAUUUCUCGUCUCUCUCUCUGUUCCUAUGGCAAUCCCUCCCUCCUUGUCGCCUCCUUCCUCUUCAUCCUCUAAUGACCACUUGACUUUUAUACCUGCCGUACCGAAACAUGCCUUGCAACGUCCUUCCUUUCCUGUAAACAGUAUUCCUUCGGUUUACAUUCCUGUUCAUGUUGAUCCCGCUAAACGAUAUGCCGAAUCCGUUUUGCGUAUUGAUCUAUCGGAAAUCUACCAAGAGCACCUCGACGCCAAAUGUUCGUAUGCAUUCUGUCGUGACAGCAAACGACCCGCGGUCAGUGAAUUGCCGACAUCGCUUUGUCCUCGAUGUCGUGUAUCUCAUCAACCGGCACGUUCAUGGCUCAAAACAUGGAUCCAUCAGUCCUCUGACAGACUUCAGAAAGCGCUGUGUCAUCGCGAUACUUCGAUGCCUUUAUCUUCGAAACAUGAUUUACAUCCGGUUACCAAAAAUAGCAACGAGGAGAUCGACCCUCCGGAUGACUCGCUCGCUGGAGACCACGUGCAGGAUCUGGCAUCCAAUCAAACCUCCGCCACAGUAGCGCCGAUGUUGACGCCAGGUACACCUGGUGCAACGUCGUACUUCCCACCUGUUUCACCACCGAACGAGGUUCCGAAACCUUCACCGCGUCGCUGGAUGACUGCUGUAUUGAUGAUAUCCGUAGGCACCCUCAUCGCGUUGACAUUUAUUAUGAUCGGCUUAGGCAAAGCAUUGAGUGGGAACAACCAACCAGUGUCCACCCAGCAAUCUUUCAACUCUACCCCGGCCGUCAAUUUCCUCAUCCCCCACUCGGCAGAGGCACCGGAUCCACAAACAGCGGUACUUCAUCCGUAA